UGUAUCCUACGUGUAACUAUUCAAAAAUAUUAAAGACGGGAAAGAAAUAGUUAUGAAAUUGCAUCACAGCAAUCGAGGAGACUGAUUAGGACGAAUCGGUUCGGUCAAAGCUCACUCUUGUGAUUUUACAAACGCUGCGAGAAUCGGUUCGAACGAAUCAAAAGAUCCAUUUAAGAAAAGUUCAAGAUUUUCUGUCUAUAAGAUUUGCGGUUUUUAACGACACUGAACAAAAACAAUGGAGAAGCAGCAUGCUGAGUUUGUGGACCGUAACAGAAGCAAUCUCAUACAAAGGGUUACUGUUGUGAUGGCCAUUGCUGAUGCACUGAGAGCUGUUAAACUAAUUCACGAGGAAACAUACUCUAAUAUUUUUGUAGCCUCUACAAAUAUGGAUAAAAUGAGAGUGUUACUUGGUGCUCUGAACACCAACAAAGCCAAAUCUGCUUUUUAUAAUUCGCUCAAAGAUAAUGACCCCUUCCUGUUUGAAGAUCUUAAACCAGAAGAAAUUGAACAGGGAAUGGAAGGGGCAUCUGCACAGACCUCAUCAGAAGUACUGGAAACUGAAUCUCAUCCUCAAAAUACUACAACAGUACAGAUGGAAGCUGUCCAACAGAGGACUGAGGGCCGACAAGUCACCUGGUGGAACAGAGACAGAUCUCGUACAAGACAUAAGACAAAAAUAGAGGAGCUGCGAAGAGAGACUGGCAAACAAAAAGUAGGGAACCUCUGGUUUUAUAAAGUUGAGAAGUACAUGAUUGGCUCUGGAGGAAGUGGCACACAAGUAUAUAUUGGCGUGAGUGAAGAUGGCAUUGAGGUGGCCAUUAAAAUAAUAACCAAGAACCCAAAGAACAUCAAAGACUUUGAAAAUGAACUGAAGCUAUUGCAAGAGCUUGAAAGCCCAUAUAUCGUCAGGUAUGUGACCUGUGCAGCGGAUAAAGAUUUUUACUAUCUUGCAAACCAUCUUUGUGAAUAUGAUCUAGUGGACUACAUGGAAUAUCUUCGUCAGCCAGAGCAAAAGGACAGAAAAGAGACCAGUUUGAGGAGAAUAGUGGAGGAGAUGCUUCUUGGCCUUCAAGUUCUUCACCGUGCUGGAGUGGUACAUCGUGAUAUAAAGCCUAGAAAUGUUUUGAUAGAUAAAGAAGAAAGGGCAAGGCUGGCUGACUUCGGCUUAAGUCGCAAACUGGAGGAGGGGGAAACCACAAUGUAUACUGACAGAGCUGGUACACAAGGCUGGGAGGCAACGGAGAUUGUAAAUCAGACAGAAAAAGGUGGAUACAAAGCGAGCUCAGACAUCCAGGUAGCAGGGAUGUUAACCUACUACAUCCUCUCUGACGGGAAACAUCCGUUUGGUGAUGGCAUCCACUGUGUAGUGAACAUUUCAGAAGGGAAAUAUUCUCUUGAAGAUAUUAAAGAUAUUGCAGCAAAGGAUCUCAUAGAAUGGAUGAUCAACAAAGAACCAGAUAAGAGACCGACCAUCGACAGGGUCCUAAAUCACCCUUAUUUCUGGGAUGAUAAACGAAAAGAGGAAGCUCUGAGGAAAGUGGGCGAUCGACCUGAAGUCCAGUGCUACACUGAUAUUUCAAAAGUUAGCAAAAAUUGGAAAGCUGAAGAAGGCCUAAAAGGAACAGAAGCCGUCGAAAGGGCCUUCGAUAGAAAGGACAAGAAAGGACAAAAAAGGAAAACUAAAGUUCUUGGGAUACUUGGAGACAAUGAGCAAGUCAAGAACGAAAACUUUCCUGAAAAGUUUUUAAAGCUUUGUGACUAUGCAGAGAGCUACUCGAAAGACAAAACAUUUAUUAAAUGGAAAUCAGAGCUUUCAGAUGACUGGUCAGACAUAGACAAAACUUGUCCGGAGGACUUAAUUGGCCUGCUGCGUACUUACCGCAACAAACUGUCUCAUGUCUGGACAUUCGAUGAACAGAUGUUCGACCGUUUUCCAGAUUUUUACAUCAGCUUACACAGAUUGGCUACAGACAUGGGCUGGGACUGUAUCUGGUCUUAAGUUGAGCGAGGAGAACAUCAGCACCUGUUGUGAGUGGAGAUGAGAGAGCCUCUAUCAUGGGGACUAGAAUCGUUGGGUUCUAGCUUGUCCAUGGAGGGGUGAAGCGGCACAUGUGUGACCCAUCAAGUGUCACCACUCUCAUUCUCCUUUAGAGACUCACUGCACCACCAGGGGAUUUUGGAGUUUACACCGGCCUAAAACCAGUCUCAGAACCCAGUGUCUUUUCUGCUUUUUUGUAAUUAUAUAAUAAAUAUAAUUACUUAAACA